GAAGAAAAAUUAAUAGCUUUUUGUGGUUUAUGGGAAGAUUAUCCUCAUCAUCGUUAUCGUAUGAAAUUUUGUAUUGAAAUGGGUCAAUUAGUUGGUUAUUCUAAUAUUAAUGAUAGCAAAGCAUUAGCUAGUUAUGAUGGUCGUUUAAUAAAUAUGAUUAUUGUAUAUCCAAAAGAAAAAAAUCGUCCAUUAGUUCAUUAUCGAGGUUGUCUUGGUUGGAAUCGAAAAUAUAUUAGAUGGGAAAAAGAAGAUUCAUCUCGUAAAAAUAGUUGGCGUCCAACUCAACGAUGGAUUAAAAUUGAAUGA